CGCCUACUUUCCCUGCAAAUCCUCUCGCGCGGCGCUGAUCUAGGAGGAGGCAGCGGCGGCGGCGGUGGCCUCUGGACCUUACUCUCUGAAUUAGGUGCUUGACUGAAGCUGAUAGAGAAUGGAAACAUUUCCUUGGCAAUGUCUCUGGGAAGACUCCUCCGUCGUGCCUCUUCCAAAGCAUCUGAUCUCCUGACCUUAAAUGCCAGCAGCAGCUGUGGUGGUUCAUCUUCCAUCUUGGAUGGAGAGAUUAUCUAUUCCAAGAACAAUGUUUGUGUCCACCCCCCUGAGAUGCUGCAAGGUGUUGUGGAACAUCAUCCAGGCUACUUGUGCUUGUACAUGGAGAAGGAUGAGCUGCUUGGAACCACGCUUAUCCUGGCCUGGGUCCCCAACUCCCGUAUUCAGAGGCAGGAUGAAGAGGCUCUCCGUUACAUCACGCCCGAGAGCUCCCCUGUCCGCAAGGCUCCCCGCAAGCGCAACCGACACACUCAGGGUUUUGGCAUCCCUAUGCAGGCUUCUUCUGUUGAACAGAAGCAAGCUGAGACCCCAAAAGAUGAGGAGGACAUUUUGACUGUGUCACAGCUGGUGAGGGAUGUGGCUCAUGUCAGCCCCCCUUCGGAAGAAGGGGACAAAUUGUCCCACAGCUGCUCGGCCACAUGCAACAUCCACAGCUCCACUCAGCCUGUUCACAGUGACUCAGGAAUUUUAUCGACAAUCAGUUCUCAGGAUGAACAGAACCGAUUAGAGGAGUCCGUAGAGGAAGGGCUGGAGGGCCAUUUGGAGACAGGAGAAGACGAAGGCUCUUUGGAGUUGUCCGCCGAUGAUGUUAGCAAAGAUAGCACGUUUGACUCGGAUUCAGAUGCCUUCUCUUCUCCAUUCUGCCUCUCACCCAUAAGCGAAGCACUUGUGGAAAAUGUUAGCUCUAUGUUCCUGGUUAAUGAAAACCGAGACACAUGUGAAAGCCACAUGACUCGCUCAACCAGUUCCAGUUCAAGCCUUGAUCCCAGUUCCCAAUUCCAGGAGAAUAAUGGGCAGGUCCAGGCCUCUAGAUGGGAUGAGCAACAGAAGGUCUUUGCCUUGGAACAGAUCUGUGGGGUCUUCAGAGUUGACUUGGGGCAGAUGAGAUCUCUUCGCCUUUUUUUCAGUGAUGAGGCCUGUACCAGCGGGCAGUUGGUGGUUGCUAGCCGGGAGAGUCAGUAUAAGAUUUUUCACUUUCACCAUGGUGGCCUGGAUAAACUCUCCGAAGUGUUUCAGCAAUGGAAGUAUUGCACAGAGACGCAUCUCAAAGACCAGCAGCUCACCGACGUGAAGACCUGCAUGCAGUUCUCCAUUCGCCGGCCCAAGCUCCCCUCCUCUGAGACCCACCCAGAGGAGAACGCGUAUAAGCGCUUAGAUGUCUCUGGGUGGCUUCGUCAUUUAAACGAGGCUGGACAAGUCGAAGAAGAGUACAAGCUGAAGAAGGCUAUUUUCUUUGGCGGGAUCGAUGUCUCAAUCCGUGGUGAAGUUUGGCCCUUCUUGUUGCGCUACUAUAGCUAUGAAUCCACCUCGGAAGAGAGGGAAGCUCUCCGUAUUGCAAAGAGAGAGGAAUAUUUUCAGAUCCAACAGAAAAGGCUCUCCCUAGCACCAGAGGAGCAGAAGGCCUUCUGGAGGAAUGUGCAGUUCACCGUUGAUAAAGACGUGGUGAGGACCGACCGCAGUAACCAGUUUUUCCGAGGAGAGAACAACCCCAACGUGGAGACUAUGAGGCGGAUCUUGCUGAACUAUGCAGUGUACAACCCGGCCAUUGGCUAUUCCCAGGGAAUGUCUGACCUCGUGGCCCCCAUCCUUGCUGAGGUUCUGGAUGAAUCGGAUACUUUCUGGUGCUUUGUUGGUUUGAUGCAAAACACGAUCUUUAUCAGCUCCCCUCGGGAUGACGAUAUGGAGAAGCAGCUGAUGUACCUGCGAGAACUGCUGCGGUUGAUGCAUGUACGCUUUUACCAGCACCUGGCUUCCCUUGGGGAGGAUGGUCUUCAGAUGCUUUUUUGUCACCGUUGGAUCCUCCUCUGCUUUAAGCGAGAGUUUCCGGACGCCGAAGCCCUGCGCAUGUGGGAAGCCUGCUGGGCUCAUUAUCAGACUGACUAUUUCCAUCUCUUCAUCUGUGUGGCUAUUGUGGUGAUCUAUGGGGAUGAUGUCAUCGAGCAGCAACUGGCCACCGACCAGAUGCUGCUACACUUUGGGAACCUCACCAUGCACAUGAAUGGGGAGCUCAUACUCAGGAAGGCUAGGAGUUUGCUCUAUCAGUUCCGCCUGCUACCCCGGAUCCCCUGCAGUCUGCAUGACUUGUGCAAACUCUGCGGAACAGGCAUGUGGGACAGUGGCUAUAUCCCCGCCGUGGAAUGCACUGGGAAUCACCCGGACUCCGAUAGCUGCCCAUAUGGAGGCAUGGUGGAUGAGCCGUCUCCCAAGUCAGGAAAUGAUUGCAGAAGGGGACUUAAAACACGAGAGGUCUUUGCCUUCCGGAAAUAAUCGUUCAGGUUCAUGAAGAUCAGCUACGUGAGAACUGCAAAGCAGUGAGCACAGAAAAUUCGGCACAGUCGGGACCUGGCAAGCAAAAAAAAAAAAAAAGAAGAACAAAACAAGGGGUUUUUCUUCGGAUCCCAAAACAAGGUUGGUCAUGGGAGGAGAACAGAAUAUAACAGAACGAUACAGAGUGGAAGAGUUUCCUGCUUUCUGAUCAGAGCUGGAUUUUGAUGUGCACCAUACCAGGAAGCGGGUUGAUGAGAGUAUGGAGUUGCAUUGUAGUUUGGAACAAAUGGUGAGAGAGGGGCGGAUGCUGGCAAAUUGGGGUCAAAAGUGACCUGGGAUUCCCUGCCUCCCUUGUCAUGUAGGGAAUAGUGACUGCUUUAGAACAUGAAUCCAAAACCAGCAACCCUGAUGAUAGGUGAAGGGGCAGGGUCGGCCUUAUCCCUUUGCCCAGGUGCACCCACACACCUAUGCAUGCAGAUACUGCUUUAACCAAAAUGCACCACUCACUGGCUUUAUGUAAAGCCACAAUGACCAACUGGAGUAUAGUCUGCCAAAAACAAUAAAAAAAAAUAUAAAUUUUGGGGUUCCCAAAGGAAACAUUUCAGUGUGUGUGUGUAAACCUUGAUCACUGUAUUUUAAAUGCCUUUGGUUUUUCUCCAUAUUACACAUCAAAUGUUCGUCAUUAGGAAAGUUUCACUGUGAAUGUAAAUUAUGCAAAAUCACACCUCAUACAAGAUUGUCUGUUUGAUUUAAACUUGUCAAGUAAAAGAAACUGGGAAAAAGUUCUUCUCGGUAGCCCAGCGAGAAGAAUCACUUUGAAAGCAUUUAGCUUCAUUAACAACUUCUCCAGUGAGGACUUUGGGGAUCAGAAGGCUACAAGUUUCAGAGCCAUUGCGUUCUCCUUUCAGACCAGUAGCCUACAUCUAGCUACCCUGUGUCCUUCUCCAGUUUUACUGUUGUUGAUUUAACUGUUUCCUAGUUAAAAUAACAAUAAAAAGCCCACCUUGCUACACAGUGGUAGGAUCAUCCUGAUAAUAUUGAGGUGGUGAAAGGAAUGCUUACCCGAAUAACGUGAGGAUUCUUAGUUCAGUUCAAAAGUUAUUGAGGUCAAAGACCAGUAUAGAAGAAAACAAUUAACAAACUCUUUAAAAAUAAAAGAGGAAGGAAGGCCAAACUAAAACGAUAGUAACCCACUAUUAUUGCCAAUAUACAUUUUCAGCCAUUAUAAUUUGGCUCUUUGUCAAAUAGCAAGGCAGUGAAGCUCUUCUUGCUACAUCUUUCCCAAAGGGAACACUUGGAUCUAGGCCUAGGGGAAAUCCACAAGAUAGAGUAGUGAGCAAAGGCAGCUCCUUGGGAUUUUUUUAAUUUUAUUUCUUGCUUAUUUUUAAAUGUAUUAAAACUUGUAAGAGAAAAGCUCCAUCCAGUUCUCGGGACCUGUGGGUUUGAAAUGUAGGCUUUGCGCUGAAUGAGCUGCCAGGCUGUUCACACAGGUUGCAAAGUGUGAGGUGUUUUCAGAGAUAUUAAGUAAUGCCUUUGUUAUCUGUCCCCUUCAUAACCCUAGCAAAACCAGCAUAAUUUACAACACCUCCCCGCCUCAGCCAAAGGCAGCCUGUUACUUUAUAUGGAAAUGGGAAUUGCCAAGUGCUGAUAAUUUCACCCGUUUAAAAAAACAACAACGAACAGAUGACCCAAAAAAAGAGAGACUUUUUGAGCUUCCAGAUAGGUUAGAUUGUCUAUCAUUUGGAAGAAGAGGGAUAUUACCAAAUCUAGUUGAAGGAAUCUGGUGGCUGGGCUAUAAAACAUUAUUCAGCGCUUUGUCCAGAAAUUGUAUUUUUUAAUAAAAAAAAAACCAGCAUGGACACUUCAGAACAAAUGCAAUUUAUGGUCAUCAAAUUGCAGCAGUAACUGGGCUGUAUUGCGAGAGUAUGUUUCUAACAGCUUUUUGAGCCACCCAGAAUCGUUUUUCUGAGUGAGAUGGGCAGCAUAUAAGUUAAAUAAAUUAAAAAGAGAUAAGAUAAAUAAAUAAGCUUUGCAAUGUAAUAUAAUUGGACGUGAAUGCUGCAAAUCAGAAUUUGAGUGUUAUUGCCUGGUUUCUGUAUACUUUUUAAAGAAUGAAAUCCCAGUGGCAGACUAAUAGGGCUAUAACUUACAGGUUGAAUUUGACAGAUCAUCCCUGUAUUGGAGGGAAGAGAAUAGCCCACAGCAGACCAAGGAGUUACUUUCACUGGGAAACAAAAACCAGGAUAUUUUUUUUCUCCUGAACUAGAGCAGAACCUGGAACAUUAUUGAAAUUCCCUAAUCAACUUGGACCAGAAGAAUUCCCGGUGGCCACUUUAGAAGGAAAUAAAAGACUUGCGUGUGUAUACUUAACUGUCUCUCCAGGAAUUAGAAGGAG